AUGAAGGACUCUCACAGCGGCUCCCUGCUCGACUUGCCGAAGCGCACCUUCAUCCGGCGAACGCAGGACUACGAGUCCAACACUCUCGACCGGAUGUGCCAUUUUGAGCAGAUGAAGCGCAUGACACAGGGCAUCUACAAGCGCGGGUUCUUCAAUUCCAAGUUCUCGGAUGUUACGAUCGAGGCCCUCGGCAUGAAGUACCAGCUGCAUCGCAUUAUCCUCGUCCAGAACUCGUUCUUUGCUGGGAUGCUCGACGGCUCCUGGGCCGAGAGCGACAAACGCACCAUCAACCUGACCUUUGACGAUCCUCACAUCACCCUGGAGGGUGUUAAUGCUGUGUUUGCCCGAAUUUACGGCCAGUUCGAGGUGCGGCUCCAUCCAAAGAAUGUGUUUAGCAUCAUGGCAGCAGCCUCCUACUUCAACGACUCGGAUUUGCUUGAUAUCUGCACCACAUACAUCAUCGACAGCAUCACCAAGGAGACCGUCGUGGACAGCAUCGGCUUUAUCGUCGCCUCAUACUACGGCAUCAACAGCGACGCCAUCAUCGAGGCCAUCUUCACGUUUCUGUGUCGAGAGGGCUUUGCGGACCUGAAGGAAGUGUUCGCGCAGUUGCCGCUGUCCUGGUUUGAGCGCAUAGUUGCCUCGGACUGCUUCUGCGUACCGUCCGAAUACGAGCGGUACUGCUUCAUCCGCGACGUCAUUGAGCUGCGCCAGAAACGUUCGGACCGGACCAAAACUGGCCAUCGGCCACUUUCCCUUGCAGACUCGGCCCUUGAUCUCUCGUCCCUCUCGCUGGCAUCGUCCGAUUCAAGCGAAACCAGUGGCUCGACAAGCGCCAGCGAUGGCAGCGAGGGCGAGAGCGAGGAAACCACCUUUCGAGACAUGCUCUCGUACGGAGUGGUCUACUCGCACAUGAGGUUCGACCAGCUGCUGCAGAUCCGAGGCGAUGGAUUCGCCCCGGCCCAUGUUCUUGAGAAGGCAUUUUGGACGCAGCAAGAGUUUCGGUGUCUGAUCGAGGGCUCAGCAGAACACAUCACAACCCUGGGCAUUCAGUACGAUGUGGACGUCUCGAAGGACACCAGCGACCCUAGCCCGAGCGAGGUCCUCAUCCCGAGCGGCGACACCGACAAAAUUGACGAAAAGCAGGUGUCCGGAGUGCUGGAGGGCUCGAUCUAUGCCCACAGCCGGGUCCGAUUCCCGCCGUUUCGGUUCUCGCUCGAGGCGGCCGAUGAGAACCGCAUCCAUCGGGGUGACCGGGUAUACUCCAAGACGCAGUUUUACGCCGGCUCGUACUGGAUUGUGUAUAUUCAGAAGCUUGUCGCGCAAGGAUCAAGCAAGCUGGGUAUCUAUCUCCAGCGCUGGGCACAGGACGAGGAGCCCGAAAUCGAAGAUCCGCAUGCCUCAGCUUCACAUCGCGUUUCGGUCUACGUCGAUCGGCGGGAGGAGGUGCAGACCUGGUUUCAGCUGUACUGCUUCAUUUCCGACCAGUGCUUCAUCCUGGAGAGCAAGCCCGAUCUGUUCAAGAACACACAGAGCUGGGGCUGGAGGUCGAGCAAGCUGCUCAAGGUGUGGACAGACUCGGCUGCGCCAGGACCGCACACGAUCAAGAUCUCGGUUGUCAUGGGGCAUGUGUAGCUGUGGUGGUGGUGCUAAUAUUGGUGCUGGCGGUGGUGCUAGGAUUGGUGCUGUUGCGGGUCGGGAAUGAACAUGA